CCUCGCCUCCACGCCCGACCCGGGAAAAGGAGAAGAUGAAGGAAGCCAAGGAUGCCCGCUAUACCAACGGGCACCUCUUCACCACCAUCUCCGUCUCGGGCAUGACCAUGUGCUAUGCCUGUAACAAGAGCAUCACGGCCAAGGAGGCCCUCAUCUGCCCAACCUGCAACGUGACCAUCCACAACCGCUGUAAAGACACGCUGGCCAACUGCACCAAGGUCAAGCAGAAGCAGCAGAAAGCCGCCCUGCUGAAGAACAACACCGCCCUGCAGUCCGUUUCCCUCCGCAGUAAGACCACCCCCCGGGAGCGGCCAAGCUCUGCCAUCUACCCCUCCGACAGCUUCCGGCAAUCCCUGCUAGGUUCCCGCCGCGGCCGCUCCUCCUUGUCGCUAGCCAAGAGUGUCUCCACCACCAACAUCGCUGGACACUUCAGUGACGAGUCCCCCCUGGGGCUGCGCCGAAUCCUGUCGCAGUCCACAGACUCCCUCAACAUGCGGAACCGAGCCCUGUCCGUGGAGUCCCUCAUGGAUGAAGGUGCAGAGGUGUUCUACAGCGAGCUGAUGAGUGACUUUGAGACAGACGAGAGGGACUUCGCAGCCGACUCGUGGAGCUUGGCCGUGGACAGCAGCUUCCUGCAGCAGCAGAAGAAGGAGGUGAUGAAGCAGCAGGAUGUCAUCUACGAACUCAUCCAGACGGAGCUGCGCCACGUGCGGACGCUGAAGAUCAUGACCCGCCUCUUCCGCACGGGGAUGCUGGAAGAGCUGCAGCUCGAGCCGGGGCUGGUGCAGGGGCUGUUCCCUUGUGCGGAUGAGCUCAGUGACAUCCACACGCGCUUCCUCAGCCAGCUGCUAGAGCGCCGACGCCAGGCCCUGUGCCCCGGAAGCACCCGCAACUUCGUCAUCCAUCGCUUGGGUGACCUGCUCAUCACCCAGUUCUCAGGUCCCAGUGCGGAGCAGAUGCGUAAGACCUACUCGGAGUUCUGCAGCCGCCACACCAAGGCCUUAAAGCUUUAUAAGGAGCUGUAUGCCCGCGACAAAAGGUUUCAGCAGUUCAUCCGGAAGGUGACCCGCUCGGCUGUGCUCAAGAGGCAUGGGGUACAAGAGUGCAUCCUGCUGGUGACCCAGCGCAUCACCAAGUACCCGGUGCUCAUCAACCGGAUCCUGCAGCACUCCCACGGGACGGAGGAGGAGCGCCAGGACCUGACCACGGCACUGGGGCUGGUGAAGGAGCUGCUGUCCAACGUGGACCAGGAUGUGCACGAGCUGGAGAAGGGAGCCCGCCUGCAGGAGAUCUACCACCGUAUGGACCCUCGGGCCCAGGCCCCGGUGCCUGGCAAGGGCCCGUUCGGCCGAGAGGAGCUUCUGCGGCGCAAGCUUAUCCACGAUGGUUGCCUGCUCUGGAAGACAGCAACCGGCCGCUUCAAAGACGUCCUGAUGCUGCUGAUGACAGACGUGCUGCUGUUUCUGCAGGAGAAGGACCAGAAGUACAUCUUUCCCGCCCUGGACAAGCCCUCGGUGGUAUCACUGCAGAAUCUAAUUGUGCGAGACAUCGCCAACCAGGAGAAAGGGAUGUUUCUGAUCAGCGCCACACCCCCUGAGAUGUAUGAGGUCCACACGGCAUCCCGGGAUGACCGGAGCACCUGGAUCCGAGUCAUUCAGCAGAGCGUGCGUGUGUGCCCGUCCAGAGAGGACUUCCCCCUGAUUGAGACAGAGCACGAGGCUUACCUGCGCCGAAUCAAGAUGGAGCUGCAACAGAAAGACCAGGCCCUGGUUGAGCUGCUGCAGGAGAAGGUCGGGCUGUUCGCCGAGAUGACCCAUUUCCAGGUGGAGGAGGAUGGUGGUGGGUUGACCCUGCCCGCCCUACCCAGGGGCCUUUUCCGCUCCGAGUCCCUGGAGUCUCCCCGUGGCGAGCGGCUGCUGCAGGAUGCCAUCCGUGAGGUGGAGGGUCUGAAAGACCUCCUGGUGGGGCCUGGAGUAGAACUGCUCCUGACACCCCGGGAACCAGCCUUGCCCGUGGACCAGGAUGGCGGCGGUAGCACGAGUCCUGGGGUCACUGCCAAUGGUGAGCCCAGAACCUUCAAUGGCUCGAUUGAGCUCUGCAGAACCGACUCAGACUCCAGCCAGAAGGUGGGUCUGCAAGAGGACCGGAAUGGAAAUCAGCUGAGAGCCCCCCAGGAGGAAGCGUUACAGCGAUUGGUCAAUCUCUAUGGACUUCUGCACGGCCUCCAGGCGGCCGUGGCGCAGCAGGACACGCUGAUGGAAGCGCGGUUCCCCGAGGGCCCCGAGCGGCGGGAGAAGCUGGCCCGCGCCAACUCUCGGGACGGAGAGGCCGGCCGAGCCGGGCCCGCCCCCGCGGCGCCGGACAAGCAGGCCACCGAGCUAGCGCUCCUGCAGCGGCAACACGCUCUGCUGCAGGAGGAGCUGCGGCGCUGCCGGCGGCUGGGCGAGGAGCGGGCCACCGAGGCCGGCAGCCUGGAGGCGCGGCUCCGCGAGAGCGAGCAGGCCCGCGCCCGGCUGGAGCGGGAGGCCGAAGAGGCCCGCAGGCAGCUGGCCGCCCUGGGCCAGAGCGAGCCGCCCCCGGCGGAGGCCCCCUGGGCCCGCAGGCCCCUGGACCCGCGGCGCCGCAGCCUCCCUGCGGGCGACGCCCUGUACCUGAGCUUCACGCCCCCGCAGCCCAGCCGAGGCCACGACCGCCUGGAUUUGUCUGUGACCAUUCGCUCUGUCCAUCGACCCUUUGAGGACCGAGAGAGACAGGAGCUGGGCAGCCCCGAGGAGCGGCUGCAGGACAGCAGCGACGCGGACACGGGCAGCGAGGAGGAAGGGGGCAGCCGCCUGUCCCCGCCCCACAGUCCGCGAGACUUCACCCGAAUGCAGGACAUCCCGGAAGAGAUCGAGAGUCGCGACGGGGAGCCUGUGGCUUCAGAGAGCUAAGGGGGCCCCUCCCCCGUCCGGUGCCCCCAGGAAGAACACAGCGAGGGAGGCAGACUUUGGGGACUGCAACCUGCCAAUGGCGAGGGAACACUCAAAAGAACUGCUGACCCCCUGCCAGCUCUUGGGCUCCUCGGACACCUGGGGCCGCCGGGAAGCUGGAGGGCUUGGGCCACAGUGCCCCCUGCUGGCAUCCGGGAGCUACACCACAGAUGCCACGUUUUCAUGCCUUCUUCCCUCUACUUUAGGAAAAUUUAUUUAUUUAUUGUUUAUUAGUUACACAGGGAGUGGGGAGAUUUAGAGGACCAGGGACACGGGAACCAAGCCAUAGGGAUCGGGGGCCUUGUCCUGUAACACUACUGGGGUUUAUCAGGCUUAACCCCGCGGCCGCUGGGUUCUAGCCCCGACACCCCUCCCCAGCAACACCGUCUUUGGGGAGAGGCUGCUGCGCCACCAGACCCUUCCGGAAGGGCUGUGGGCGGGGCCGUGCCCCCUCCCCUCCCCCGCAAACUGCUGUUCUCCCUUCUCUCCGUCCUCCCUGGAGACCCCAGGGAGACAACCUGGCUCCCCGGAGUCGGAGGCAAUGGAGUAGAGGUCGAGGGGGCCACGAUGGCUCUGUUGGGGGGGUGAGGGGAAAGCCCACGGGACCAGAAUGUUUUUUGUUGUUGUUUUCUUUUUUGUACCAAAGCCAGCUGCACGUGUUUUGUAUUUUUAAGAGAUGAUUGUAGGCAAUUAGAAAUCACAGCCUUCUAUUUCUGCUUAUCAGAAGAGCUUGAGGGGUGGGGGGGAACGGCGUCCCCUCAUCUGCAGUAACGGGGGACCUACUCUGACCUCUCCUCCAGCCGUUUGGAAAACAUGUUGUAGGGUGAGUUGGGAAAUCUCUGUGAACCUUGACCUCAUCCCCACCUCAGCAACCAUGACUGAAGCCUCAGCGUGAAUUUGGGGGUUUUCCAGUGGACCCCCAGUGCCCACCAGCCCCAGCCAUUUUCUGCCCAUUUGAUUGUUUAAAAAAAAGAAAGAAAGAAAAGAUAAAGCAGGGAAAAUUAAAGACCUGG